AUGGCGGUGAAUAAUUUGUACAAUAUCGCGACAUUGAUUAAACGACUGGAGGCAGUAGCAUCUAGACUGGAAGACGUCGCUUCCUCAACGGCAUCACUGGGUCUGCAUCCUGGUGAGGCUGAUAUUGUCAGAGACAUCGCCACGGUCCUUGCCCCAAUCUCGACCAACCCACCAGAACCUCAGCGGCAAUUUUCUGGAGCGGCAUUGGCGAGGCCUCCCGAGGAUCUUCCCGUGGAUGUGACGCUGUUUGACACGUUCGUGCAAACGGGAAUCGAUCCAUUCCUCGAGUUAAGCCAGAAGAUCGGAGGGGUAGUGGCGGAACAGGCUACUCUCCUAAAAAAGGGGUUUGAUGCUCAGCGCCGCAUCCUCCUCAUCAUUAGCCAAGCUAAGAAGCCCCACGGCGACAAAGCAGCAGAGAAAGCGUACGGAAAUCUCUUGCAGCCGAUUGAAGACGUCAUCUCAUCUAUUCGUCGAAUCCAACAGGAAAACAGAGGGACGUCGGCAUUCAACAUGCUCUCAACCGUUGCUGACGGAUCAUUCGCCCUCACCUGGACGGCAGUAGAAAGUAGGCCCUGGAAGCAAGCGGAAGAGUCACUCACCAUGGCUCAUUUCUUCGGUAACAAGGUGCUGAAAGAACAUCCAAGAGGUUCUCUGGAAGCGCAGUGGGUGGAAACGUUUUACGCUCUUUUUACAGAGCUUGCUUCGUUCCUGAGAGAGGCCUACCCUUAUGGCAUCACGUGGAACAGCCAAGGCGAUGCUCUCGGAAGUGUGGUCACAAGAGACGCGGCAUAA